CAUGAUCUCAUUGUGAAAUUUGUCGAUUGUGAAUGCCUCGGUGGUUGCUUCAAGUUCUAGCUAUAGUUAGCUAGAUCUUACAUGAUGUUCAAACGGAUUGGAGGCCAUACACUGCGGUGUGCGCAUCGCCAGCCUGUGAUUCGGAGAACGUUGUCUAAUCGCACGUUCUCCGCAGCAACGCCUCCAAGUGCCUUGCCAGUAUCGCCAGCGUCCCCGUUGGGUGGCAUCACUGUUGAGUUGGAUCGCAUUGCGCCUCGCUUCGAGAUUCCUGCGUCAAAUAUCACCAUUCUGGAGUCCCCUGCUACUUUCUACAGCACCCUCAAGGACAAAAUUCGCAAUGCGAAGCGUCGGGUCUAUCUUUCUACAUUAUAUAUUGGGAAAACCGAAUUCGAAUUGAUCGAGGUUUUGGACCACGCCCUUCGAGAUAACCCGGAAUUGAAAGUAUCCAUCCUCACGGAUGCUUUGAGAGGCACCAGAGAAACCCCAAAUCCAUCAUGCGCCUCUCUUCUUGCGUCACUGGUGGCGAAGCAUGGAGCGGACCGAGUUGAGAUACGAAUGUUUCACACGCCAAACUUGACUGGUCUGAGAAAGAAGUGGAUUCCGCGGCGGAUCAACGAAGGCUGGGGUCUACAACAUAUGAAGUUAUACGGCAUCGAUGAUGAGAUCAUACUUUCAGGAGCAAAUCUUUCGGAAGAUUACUUCACAAACCGGGUUGAUAGAUACCACGUUUUCGAUUCGAAGGAAAUCAGCGACUACUAUGCACGCAUCCACCACGCAGUUUGCAAUCUCAGCUUCCAGGUCCUUCCAGAUGCGCACAGUAGUGCCGGCUAUCUUUUGGAUUGGCCAACGGCCAAUGGUGCGCCAUCACCUUUGGAGAAUGCGCAAGAUUUCACCGCAUAUGCGUCGACGGUCCUCCCUCAACUUAUCCAGCCCUCAACAAACAAAUCAACACUUGAAUCAGCCUCACCCAGUCGAACUUAUGUGUAUCCGGUUGCGCAGUUCACGCCUCUGUUGAAACCAGACACGUCCACAGAGUAUCCGGCCGUCACCACUAUUCUUCAAAUGCUUUCAAGCUUGCCUUCAUUUUCCGGUUCUCGUUGGCUCUUCACCGCCGGUUACUUUAACAUCCAUCCCGUCCUAUCCUCCCUGUUGAUCGCAAGUACAUCAACUUCUUCGCAGACUGCCUCGACGACCCAGGGCACUGUUCUCACCGCCUCGCCGUGGGCAAAUGGCUUCUAUGGGUCUCCUGGCAUCUCAGGCAUGCUUCCAGCAGCAUACACCCACCUGUCUGCACGAUUUCUAGACAGGGUAGCCGCAGCACAAGCGACAAACUCCAUCGAACUCAAAGAAUGGAGGCGGGGGACAGUUGGAGAGCCCGACGGCUGGACCUACCAUGCGAAGGGCCUCUGGAUCACACUACCCAAUGAACAGCACCCGAGCCUCACUUUUGUGGGCAGUAGCAACUACACCAAACGCAGCUAUAGUCUGGAUCUAGAGGUUGGCGCACUGGUUGUCACUGACGACCAAGCGCUCAAGCAAAAACUAGCCGAGGAGACGGAUUGGCUACAGAAGGACUCGAAGGCAAUCUCGCGAGACGAUCUUCGGAAGACGGAACGUCGAGUGAGCUGGAAUGUUCGACUGGCCAUGUGGAUCGUCGAAAUGGUCGGCGGUGCGCUGUAAAGUCGAUGGGCGGAGAAAGGUCGGGGCGCUUCCCAGUCUCGCCGUGGAGUACUUGUAUAACGAAGAAAUGUACAGUAGCAAUAGAGUGCAUAUAAAAGGGCUAUUUAAUAUGGAAUAUUUACCCGAUUUAUUUUUGAAGAAAGUGAUACCAUAUAUGCAGAAAUAGCAAAUAUUUUCGCAGCCACAAACGCCCCACCAGUCUAUUCAACAUAGGAAUCGUUUCCACAUAUUCGUCACGGCACGCUUAUGCCUUCCCAGGCACUUUGCUGGUCGAGAGCUUGGCCGGGCCGAGACCCUGUCUGAUCUC